GUUAAAAGGCAUCCGACAGCAUGUGAGGUUCUCCUACUCAGGCAGUUCACAUCUCAGCACUGAGCUAACAGAGAAGAAACCAUGAGUGCCGUGGUCGUGGAGAACAUGUCCUUUAAGGUGGGCCAGACCCUGACCAUCACAGGAGUCCCCACCGCCGAUUCCAACAAUUUUGCUCUUAACAUUGGGAACGGCUCGGACGAACUGGCCCUGCACGUGAACCCUCGCUUCAAUGCCCACGGUGACCAGCGCACAGUGGUCUGUAACUCCUACCAGGGGGGCAGAUGGUGUCAGGAGCUCAGAGAGGGGAGCUUUCCCUUUAAUCAAGGCGAGGAGUUCCAGAUAAAGAUCACAUUCACCAAGGAGGAAUUCACCAUCCUUUUGCCAGAUGGGUCUGAGAUCCAUUUCCCCAACCGCCCGGGUGCUGAGAAGUACAGAUACUUGAUGUUUGAGGGCGAGGUCAGAAUCAGAGCCAUCGAGAUCAAGUAGACCCAUCAUCGAUGUUCCUGCAAUGUUCCGUGUUCUCAUCAGUGCAUCUGCUGCCUUAACUGUGUUCUUAUCCUAUGCAAUUACUCACAAGCUCUUAUUGUGGCCUUUGGUAACUGAUGCUGUGGUAAUACCAGCCUGAACCACUAGAGGGAACAUGACUGCAGUAAAACGACAAGCAUCUCUCAGUGCUGGUCAAAGAAUGAAAAGAGAGGUGUUUUUAAUUUCACCAGAGCUUUUAAUCGUGGCCUUUAACAUCAUGAGCUAAAUGCAUGUCAGAUUUGUUGUAAAGCUAUCAUUCAAAAAGUUUUGUAAGUGCAGCUGAAUUAAAAGAUCUGUGGCAAACGA